GGAGGAAGAGGAGAGGCCAGCUGCAGAAAACACAAGUCACUGCAGUAACAGAGAGAUUAGAUGUGACUGAACUGCUGCUGGGACGUUAGUGUGAAAUGUUAGGGUGCUAUUUUGGAGAUACUGCUGCCUUAAAUUAAGAAUAUUUUCUGGUAUCUCACGACACACAUACACUUAUCAUCAUGGGCCAGCUGUUUUCAUCAGAAGAAGAGCCUUCUCAGCUGAAGGACAUACUUGGUUCUCUCCUCUACGAUGCCAUGUUGGAAGGUGGUGCUGUGCCUGACCUCGGAGUCGUCCACCCUCUCCUCCUAGCCAAUCACGAUGAGAACUCUGACUCCAGGACCAGCCUCCAGGAACAACUACGAAAGCUGCAGGGUAACAUUGGGCACAAGGCGCCAACGUAUCUGAAGGAUCUGAUCAGCCGAUUGUCGUCCUUCUCAGAUGAGCCACGUCUGGCCGGUCUGGUGGGAUUGGCGAUCACUAUGGUGAUGGAUAUGGCCUACACAUCAUCAAAGCAGUCAUCAGCUGUGAAAGGGAAGUCAGCGGGGUCAUCGUCAUGCCAGCAGAGAGUCUGGGAGCUCCAGGAGGUAAUGGAGGAGUACCUGAAGCGAAUUAGGAUCAACUUGAAUGACAAAAACAAGCUGAUCCAGGACUCCAUCAGACUCGAGGCCCAGCUCAGCCUCAUCCUCACCCAGCUGAAGACCUCUCUGCUGGGAGGAGACUGUGACUCCAGGUCUCUGAGGCACUGGGCGAGUGGAGCGGCUUUUCACACCCAGAUGUUGAUUCACCUGGCUCGUCUCGAGGGUCAAGCUGAGCCCCUGGCUGCAAGGGCUUCACUGGAGCAGUACAAGGAAGACCUCACACAGAUCAUACCUGCUUACAGGCGUUAUAAGUCUAAUACAGUGUGCGUGGUGAAAUGUCGAGGAGAUCUUCUGGCAUCACGUGACCCCUCCAGUGAGGUGCCAGAAGAUGGAUCCAUGACGGGACUCACUGUGAUGGACAGAGAGACAGGAAAGAGUGUGACCAUCCCUUUAUCUGCCAUGAAGACAGACACAGAGAGAAGAUGGAGAGUCUCCGGGCCCGAUACCACCUCUGCAACUGUGUCCCCCUCCAUUAACCUGGACCUUAUCACCUCAGAUCAGUAUGUCCGGGCAUACCUGCACCACCUGUUCUCUGAUAACGGACCUGUGGCAGAGCUGAGGAACUACUUUAUCAAGGCGAGUGACAAUCUGAGAACAUUACGAACCCAGCCGGGAUGUACAAACAAGACAGGGGUGAGAAAUGUGAUAGAGGAAGGAGGUGGAGUGCAUCUGAAAGACCGGGCACCGAGCACUGACGGAGAACAAAGAGUGGACAGGAGCAAAGAGGAUAAUCAGGACAAGACAGAAAGCAGAGGAAGACGAGAUGAGACGGAGGAAUGCGAGCAGAGAGAUGAAAGAUUGCAACUGAGUAUUGCGGAGACGCAGCCGGAUGAGAGCCGCAAUCACAGUGCAACAAGCACAUAACAGCCGUGAGUGGACAGCAGCAAUCACAAGGUGUGCGUCCUGUAUUGAAGAGAAACAAACUCAGAGACAUGAAGGAGUUUCGCAAUGUUUGUAAUUUACUCAGAGAGCGUACCUGACUGCUAGAUAGGAGCUGAAUGCUAGUUUGUCUACAAUGCUGUCCCACAAAGUGUCAGCCUUGGUUGAAUAAGAACUCUGGAUCAGUGUUAUUUCUGUUGAGUGUGUUUCACAGGGUGAAGGUUUUUUUCGUGGACAUUUCACUUCCACAUAUUAGUCAGUCAAUUGCAAUAAAUGUAAGUUGUAAGAAAA